CUUCUCUGCAGCGACCAGUCGACCAAAUUAAAAAUGAUGAUUCUGUUUUAUAUUCUUCUCAUUAUCACAAAGACAUGUUGCACAGAUGAGUAUAAGUUCAUGACAAAGACGGUUCCUGUUGGAGAAAAUGUUAACCUGAGCUGUGCCCGCAAAGCAAAUAUUCUCUACAGAGAGAACAUAUUUUGGAUCAGGAUUGUUUCUGGGAAAAAGCCAGAAUUUCUGGGAGCAACAAUAAACUUUGAAUUUGACUAUGACAUCCAGCCCAAACCACAUCACAUUACAGUGAAGCAAGGUAACAUGUCCUUUGUUCUGAAUAUAAACGGAGCCGAGGAAAGUGAUGAUGGUGUUUAUUACUGCUUUAAAGUUAAAGACCUGGAUUUGGUAUUUUUAACUGGAACAUUUCUGAGGGUAAAAGGCAGAGGACCAAACAUUGCUGCUGUCACUGAGAGGUUUUUAUCUGAUGGAGUCUAUCCAGGAGACCCGGUCACUCUGGAGUGUUCAGUCCUCUCAAGCUCUCCCAAUGAAACCUGUGGAGAAGAACAGAGAGUGUUCUGGUUUAAAACAGAGUCAAACGAGUCUCAUCCUCAUGUUAUUUAUGCUCACGGAAACCGUUCUGAUGAAUGUUUGAGGAGUCCUGAAGCUUCUUCUGAGCAGAAAUGUGUCUACAGCUUCACCAAGGACUUCAUCUCCUCUGAUGCUGGGACUUACUACUGUGCUGUGGCUGCAUGUGGAGAGAUCUUCUAUGGAAAUGGGACAACUCUGACAGAAUUUCAGAUGUGGAAUUUACAAACAGCCAACACAGUUCUUCUGAUCUUGUUAGCCAUUUUAUCUGCCAGCAUAUUAUUUAUAAUAGUUUUACUUUAUAAAUUGAAGAAAAAAUCCGGCACCAAUGAAGUAGAAAUCUUCCACUCCCCUGAAGAGCAUCAACACAGUGAAGAUUUUUCACGUAAAAAUUCAGCUGCAACCUUCACAAAGAGGAAGACUGGUAGAGCAACAAGAUCCUAGGAGUCCCUUCAAUUCUGAUUUAAUACAUUUAUGUCAGAUUAUGUAUUAAUUGAAUUUUAAAAAGAAAAAUAUGUAUUCUAUGUUCUGAUUCUGUGUGAACAAUAAAUAUUUUAGAAGUUCUAGAUUGUUAAAUUGAGUAAAAUUAUUAAAGAUAAAUAACUGAAUGACAUGUUAUACAAUGUUCCUUUGACUCGUACUGUUUAUUUUCUUCUUCUACAUCUUUCUAUCUUUCAUUUUCAAACCAUUUACAGAAGGAAUAAAUUAUCCUGCUUUAUUUUUAUUUGUUGAAGUAAUAUUAUUUUUUUUUUAGAGAAAAAUGUUUCACCAUAAUC